AUGGAAAAAUUACAAGCAACCUCCUCAUGCCUCCUUGUCUUGUUCUUGAUCAGUUUAGUCUCAGCAGUCAAAGAUGAUCCUCAAGAAAAACAAGUGUAUAUUGUCUACAUGGGUUCACUUCCUUCUCGAUCGGACUACAUACCAAUGUCAAAUCACAUAAGUAUUCUUCAAGAGGUCACCGGAGAAAGUUCGAUCGAAGGUCGUCUGGUGAGAAGUUAUAAGAGGAGUUUUAACGGGUUCGCGGCCCGACUCACAGAGGCAGAACGGAAACGAGUAGCCGAAAUGGAGGGAGUUGUGUCUGUGUUCCCGAAUAAGAACUACAAAGUCCAAACGACUAGGUCUUGGGAUUUCAUAGGGUUAAAGGAAGGAAAAAAUACAAAUCGAAACUUGGCCGUAGAGAGUGAUACCAUAAUCGGAGUCAUAGACACUGGGAUUUGGCCUGAAUCCGAGAGCUUUUCCGAUAAAGGCUUUGGUCCUCCUCCCAAGAAAUGGAAAGGUGUUUGUUCCGGCGGCAAAAACUUCACAUGCAACAACAAGUUGAUCGGAGCGAGAGAUUACACAAGCGAAGGCACUAGGGACCGCGAUGGUCACGGUACACACACAGCGUCCACAUCCAUUGGAAACGCAGUCCCGAACACAAGCUUCUUUGGAAUCGGCAAUGGAACGGCAAGAGGAGGCGUUCCGGCCUCUAGAAUUGCAGCUUACAAAGUCUGCACAGCGAUGGGGUGUAGCUCGGAAGCUGUACUGUCUGCGUUUGAUGACGCGAUUGCGGACGGUGUCGACCUCAUCAGCAUCUCUGUUGGGGGAGAACACGCCUCGUUAUACGAUGUGGACACGAUUGCUAUUGGGGCUUUUCACGCUAUGGCCAAAGGGAUUCUCACUAUGCACUCAGCUGGUAACUCUGGUCCGAAUCCAACCUCAGUCGUGAGCGUAGCACCGUGGAUCUUAACCGUUGCAGCCAGCACCACAAACCGUGCGUUUGUCACCAAAGUUGUUCUCGGAAACGGCAAGACACUUAUCGGGAAGUCAGUGAAUGCUUUCGAUCUGAAAGGAAAGAAGUACCCUCUGGUGUACGCAAAAUCUUAUAGAGAAUGUCAAGAUAAAUCUCUUGUGAAGGGAAAGAUCGUGGCGUGCAUAUAUUCAACUAGUCCAAAAGGUGCUAUUGCAUCCAUAGUUAGAGACACCACAGACUAUGCCGGCGUAAGCAGUGUGGACCUCUCUGCUCUAUCACCAAAUGACUUUGACUCUCUCGUCUCUUACAUUAACUCCACAAAGUCUCCACAAGGCACUGUUCUAAAAACUGAGGCAAUCUUUAAUCAGAAAGCUCCUAAAGUUGCUUCCUUCUCAUCUCGCGGUCCAAACAACGUUGCUGUUGAUCUUCUAAAGCCAGAUAUAACAGCACCAGGAGUGGAGAUUCUUGCUGCAUUUUCACCUUUGGCUUCACCGUCUAUAGACUCGAACGACAGAAGACGUGUGAAGUAUUCUGUUAUCUCUGGAACUUCGAUGUCUUGUCCACACGUUGCAGGCGUGGCCGCCUACAUCAAGACUUUUCAUCCUGAUUGGUCUCCUUCCGUGAUCCAAUCUGCCAUCAUGACAACCGCUUGGCCGAUGAAUGCUUCUGAAACUGGCAAUGCAUCGACCGAGUUUGCUUAUGGAGCUGGACAUGUCGACCCAAUAGCCGCUCUUAAUCCUGGACUAGUCUAUGAACUGGACAAAGCAGACCACAUUGCCUUUCUCUGUGGCUUGAACUACAGUUCAAAAGCUAUUGAACUCAUUUCCGGUGAAAUGGUCACUUGCACUGGGAAGACCUCACCAAGAAACCUCAAUUAUCCUUCGAUGUCGGCUAAACUUUCGGGAUAUAAUAGCUCCUUCAUUGUGACUUUCAAAAGAACCGUCACCAACCUCGGUACCCCGAACCCUACAUACAAAUCAAGGAUUGUCUUAAACCACGGAUCUAAGCUCAAUGUCAAGGUCUCGCCUAGUGUCCUAACUAUGAAGUCGACGAACGAGAAGCAGUCUUUCACGGUAACUGUUUCAGGCAGCGGUCUUGACCCAAAACUGCCUUCGUCUGCAAAUUUAAUCUGGUCUGAUGGAACACAUAACGUGAGAAGUCCCAUUGUUGUCUAUACUGAUAGUGAUGACUGA